AUGGCGCCGCCGGUGCUGUUAGUGGUGGGCCCACCAAAGGUGGGGAAGACCUCGCUACUGCAGCGCUUUCUCCAUGGCCAAUGCGAUUCGAAUCCCAAACCCAGUAUUGGUAUGGAGACAGGCAUGACGUGGCACCUGGAUCCGGAGAGCGCCCUCUUUGCGGAGCUGCGGCAGUUGCUGCCGCAGCAAGGCAUCGACUUCGAACUGAUGGAGAUUGGAGGUCGGGAGCCAGUGCAUCGAGAGAUGCCGAGGGGCCGCUAUGUUUGCGGCCUGAUGCUGUGCUAUGAUUGCAGGGAUCGGACCUCCUUCCUUCGUUUGUGGCACGUGCUGUGCCGACAUCGCAUGGACAGACAUAUGGAGAUCUCAGCCUCCUCAGUGGCGGCGAAAGGUGCGCUGGCGGCGGUGCUCUGUGCCACCAAGUCGGAUCAAGGCCCAUCCUUGGUCUCUGAGGAGGAGGUGAAGCUCUUCGCCAGCGCCAACGACUUGGAGGUGGUGAAGACGUCAGCACACAAUGGCCAAGGAGUGCGGUGGGCCUUCCAGACGCUGGCGCUACGGGCACUGGAAGCAGAGAUGGAGCGGCGCUGCCACAGCGAUCAAGAUCGAUGCCUUGACCCGGCGCGCGCCUUCGCGCUGCCCUGUGGGUUGGACGUCUGUCCGGAGCUCACGGGCCUCACCAAUCCGCCGUGCCUACGGCGAUGCGAGCCGCAACGUGGCGUGCCAGCCACGGAGGACUACGUGGAGGUGCUGGACCCUGAGGGCCAGGUGCUGUGCGAUCCACGAAGCCUGGAGCAAUGCCUACAGCAGAACUUGCUCCAUCGCGCGGUGCACGUCUGGCUCUGUGUGCCCCGCAGUGGUGCGCUGUUGCUGCGGAAGUGGCAGAAGGGGCUGAAACACCCAGGCCGUUGGGGUCCCAGCUGCCACACCGAGAUCCGCUGCUACGGCGCUGGGGAUGGCCAUGCCGCAGAGGUGUCCACUCAGAGCGCGGAGCGGGCGCUGGAGGAACAGCUGGGGCUAGCGCCAUCGCAGGUGGGCGAGCUGAUCCAUUGUUUCUCUUGCCAGAUGAGUGAUGGCAGCUGCCAGGAGCUGCUGGACGUCUACCUGGCACCUCUCAGUAAGGCAGGGCUGCCGCCCUUGGCACUUCAGGAGGAUGAAGAGGUGGAUUGGGUCUUCUUUGCCCAUGUGCUCUCGCCCGAGUUUGCCCGUGCUGGGCGACUGUUUUACUACAACAACGUCUACAGACGAGCCCUUGCGCGGCGCAUGCGCGAUCAUGCGAUUCCCGAAGAUGUGCACCACGCCUUUGCGUUGGACUUGGACGCACAGCUUUCCUCUCCACCCCUUGCGGCGGCCCUGCGGUGUCCCGCAGCCGAGGCUGUGCCGCCGGCCCCAGGGCCCAAUCCACCGGUCGCUGUGCGGUGA